CACACACAUAUAUAUAUAUAUAUGCAUAUAUAUACUUAUAUAUAUUUACACCUUCUUUGUUUGUCUAAGAUUUGAUGUUGUUUUUCCAGCUGUCUCUCUACUUGUCUCAAAGUGGUGCAGUCACAGUUGGAACUGCAGCCAGGAUUUUCUAUCCACAUGACGUUCGAGUUUGGGUCCAGACCGCGAAUUCCGAUUCUCAAUGAGAAUGCGAAUGCAAGGUGUAAGACUUAGUAGAAUAAUUCUAGGCAAUAGACUGUAGCCAGACCAGCCGGGCCCAUUACAGUAGGUGUACUGUCUGCAGUUCGAUCAGAUUCUGACAUUUCCACUGGGCUUAUGUGCUCAGUCCAGCUCUAUUUUCAGUGUAGGUUUCCAAUGUUGUUGGCAUUCUGAUAGUUUCCCUUCGAAGUUUUUGCUGACUUGGAAGCACUGGGUAAUUUGUUGUUUUGCAUUUUGAUGUUUUGCCAUGCUUGCCGUUCUAGCCAGGCGCAUCCGAGCGGCAGGACGUUUGUGUUCAUAGUGUUGUAGAUGUUGUUGGCAUAUUGUGAUCCGAAAACCAGAGCAACGUCAAGAUCAAAGAUGACAUUGCACCUUCCAUGAUUGAGUACAAGGAUAGGCGAGAAUCCGCACGGACCUCCCAACAAUCUCAUGCCAUUUGUCCAGCAGGUGGCAGUGGGCCGAAGAGAGUGCCUCAGCGUGUUUGGGAAUGAUUACCCAACCCCAGACGGCACUGGCGUGCGUGACUACAUCCAUGUGGAUGAACUUGCGGAGGGUCACAUUUGUGCCCUAGAGAAGCUCUUCACAAUGGAUGGUGGCUGCAUUAUCCACAACCUUGGCUCUGGCACUGGCUAUUCAGUCCUUGAAAUGGUCAAAGCCUUUGAGGAAGCCUGUGGAAAGAAGAUUGCCUACAAGAUUGUGGAUCGAAGACCGGGUGACCUUGGCACGGUGAUUGCAAAUGCUGCCAAGGCAAAAGCAGAUUUUGGGUGGCAAACGAAGCGAGGCUUGAAGGAGAUGUGCGAGAGUGCUUGGAAAUGGCAGUCCAACAACCCAUAUGGGUAUGAAGAUGGCCCUGGCAAGGACUAAUCGGCUGUGAGAGCUGUGACGAGACAAUCUCUGACAUCUUCUGCCUGGGAUAUG